AAAUCAUUUCUUAUAAGUUAUUAUUACAAUCCAUAUCCAAACUUUUUUUUUUUUAAUUCAUAAACCAAGCACGGACAACAACCUGCUAUAGCCGGUGACACAACCCGAAAAGUCCAAUUACCGGUCCCACUUCUUACUAUAACACAAAAACAAAGCAAAAAACAAAACUCAUGUGAUAAACUAAUCACCAUAACAAAGAAAAUAUACCCAAUCAAAUCUCGCCGCGUAUGCAAAUCCAAUUUCAAAUCAAAGCUUAUUGGUAAAAAUAGUAAUGGACACAGUAAAGAAAAAAGCAGAGAAUCACAAUUCAGUAGUCAGAGUGGCCACUGCCGCAGCCAUCCCGAGAAAAGCAAAAGUCUCAGCUCCGCCACAUUCUUCAAUACCAAAAUCACCGAAUUUCAUCAAGAAAUCAUAUUAAAUUUCAAAAUUUGAAGCCGCCCCCCCAAUUCUUUUUCUUCUUCUUCUUCUUCUUCCUUAAAAAAUGGCAGUCUCAGCUAUUGUUUUGGCCACCAUCGCUUCUCUUCAUCUCAUAGCCUUUGUCCUUGCCGUCGGCGCCGAGCGCCGCCGCAGCACCGCUAAUGUUGUGCCAGAUGAGUACGAUGAAAAGACUUAUUGUGUGUACGGCACCGACGCAUCUACCGUGUACGGACUGUCGGCAUUCGGUUUGCUUCUCAUAAGCCAAGCGGUGGUUAACGGCGUUACUAGAUGUUUCUGUUGUGGGAAAGGUUUAAUUAGUGGAAAAACCACCACUGUCGCCAUUUUCUUCUUUGUCUUUUCCUGGAUUAGCUUCAUCGGAGCAGAGAUCGGACUAUUGGCCGGAUCGGCUAGGAAUGCUUACCACACAAAGUACAGGGCAACGUUUGGUGUGGAAAAACUGUCGUGUGCGACUCUCCGGAAAGGGGUGUUUGCCGGUGCCGCCGCGAUGACAGUGCUAUCGAUGGUGGGUUCGAUUUUGUUCUAUUGGAUGCAUUCGAAAGCUGAUACGGGGGGAUGGGAGAAGCACCAGAAUGAAGGUGUGGGCAUGGGGGCGGCGGCGGGUGUUCAUCUUGACAUGAAGCAGCAAAAUGCUCAAUAGAUCAGUUUGGUUUUUGGUAUUGGUUUAGUGAUUUUGUGAUGAGAAUUAAUGGUUGUUAUUAUAAAGGGAAAGUGUUUGUUUGUAAGGAAGAAGAGAGGGGAAAGUGUUUGAAAAGCACUCGUAUCAAUCAUCAAAUUAAAGCUUUGGUAGCUUUUGUUUCUUUAUUGGAGUGUGUGUUUGUGUGUCUUGUCUCGUAUUUUAAGGAAUUUUUUUUCUCCUUUUA